AAGAAACUUUACAUAUGAUUUAGAUGCAGCAAAUGAAAUUGUUAUUGGUAAUGAAUAUGCAAAUUUUAUAAUUCAUGCAUAUCUGUUUAGUAUGGAAGAAGAUUUUCUAUUUACCAAUACCACUACUAGCAGCGCCAGCAGCAUCACCACUGCCACUACCAUUAGCAUGGAACAUAAACUUCCUGCUUAUGCUCCUAUUAAAAAAGAAUAUAUCGAUGAUAAGCAUGAUAGUUCAAGAACUAAUAGUUGUGAAAACUGUAAUGAAGAAGUUACGAAAAGACCGAAGCAUAAAUAUCGUGGCAUUAAUCGAGAACGCAGAAAAGAAAUGGCGAAAAAAAAUAUGAGCUGGCUUGUGAGAGAUGUUUGUGAAGUUAGAUCGGAAGCUAUAAUUUGGGCCGUUGAACAGUUACCUUGUCUAUGGAAUUUAGCAUGUGAAGAUUAUCGUAAUAGGUCAAAGCGGCGACAGGGAUGGUCCACUGUUAGCUGUAUGCUUAUUCAUGAUUUUGAAAAUAAGAAUCUGGCGGAACGUCAACGCAUCGAAAAAGAAAUACAAAGUAAGUGGAAGAAUAUACGCGAUUGUUAUGUAAGGGAUAUACGAAGGAAAAAUGGUGAAGCAGUAAAGUCGAGAGGUAAACGAACGCGUGAAUAUAUUCAUGCCGAAUCGCUAGCAUUCCUGAGUAGUUCGUAUAUUACACAGCCAAGUUCUGCUCGUUCUUCAAAAAUUGAUCCCGAAAAUAUUUAUGAUUUCAUUCUCGACACUGUUGCAAAGUCUUUUUCGGACCAUAAUGCGGAGAUUAACUGUAACUGGAUAAAUCAGGAAACGUUAGAAGAAAAGUUGAGAAUAAUUCUGGAAAAGCGAUCUCUAGAAGGCAAUGAGGAUAAUGCUUUUUUUUCUACCUUACUUCCAACUAUACGAAAUCUGGAUCCAGAGCAAAAAGUUGAAUUUCGCUUGGAAGUUCUUCGAGCUUUGCGACAAAUUGCCACGAAACAAUAUUUGCCGCCGUUAAUUUUAUAG